GGCGAUCAGUGCGGUUUUGGAGUACGUUGCGUUCGGUCGCGAGAUCCCAACCUCAGUGGAAACCCCCUCAGAAAAAAUAAAAAAGGUCCGUGGACCGAACCGAAUUCGAAUUCGACUCGCGAGUGAAGAUCUCACUACAAAGUGUGUGCGUGUUUCCCAAAGCCAGGAUAAGCACAUCCUGCUAGCAAAAAAUUUAAAUAAUAUCAGGGCCUUUGGCCAAAACACCCACACUGCCACACAGAAACGCAGCAGCAGCAGCAGAAGCAGCAGCAGUUGACACACACAAGCGAAGGCAGACACGAGCCACCGUUAGCCAUGCUGGCAAUGAAGGAUAAACCUUGGCUGAUGCUAUUUGGCCUAUUGGCCGCAUUAAGCUGUUUGGCCAGCUUUGGAGACGCCGCCUACCCAUAUUACGGCACCAAGAUCGGAGCCCUGACCCGCCUGCACCACGGAGUCUCCGGGGAUGUGUACGCCGUGGACUCGCGCACCAUCUUCAUCAAGAAGUUCAACUACGAUGGCGAGGCGCCAGCUGCCUACUUCUAUGUGGGCAACACGGCGAAGCCGAGCAACGAAGGAGCCGCUCGUCUGAGGGACGAAAAGGGCGGAACCGCCUCCCUGACCCGUCGCUACAGGAACAAGGACGUAACCCUUUCGCUGCCAGAGGGAAAAACCCUGCGCGACAUCAAGUGGUUCUCCGUGUGGUGCGAUGAGUUCGCGGUGAACUUCGGAGAUGUCUCCAUUCCGGCCAACUUGGACUUCCCUCGGCCGCAGAAGAUCAACGCUUUGAGGGGCGUUCAUGGCGUUUCCUCCGACAAUAUUGUGAUCGUGGACGCCCAGACUCUGCUGGUUCCAAACUUCAGUUACGAUGGAGAAGCGCCAGAUGCCAAAUUCUGGGUGGGCAGAGGACAGAGGCCCACCUCGGAGGGUCUGAGGAUUCCCGAUGAGAACGGCAAGGAGAAUCCCCUCCGUCGCUACGAGAGAAAAACUAUCGUUUUGACUUUGCCGGAGGAUCUGACCAUCUUCGAUAUUGGCCACUUUGGCGUGUGGUGCGAGGCCUUCACCGUGGAUUUUGGCCACGUUCGCCUGCCGGAGGGCCUGAAUGUCCCUCCCUCGCUGAAAAUGCUCGGAAUCAGUCCACAGUCGAAGCUCAACUGCGAGGUGCUCUACGACGAUCUGGCCUUCGAGGUUCGCUGGGCGGUGGCCGGCGAGAGCAUCGUGGUCCAAUUGGUGGCCAAGUUGGAACCCAACAACUACAUGUCCUUCGGAAUCUCCCCGAACAAGAAUAUCAGCCAGAUGAUUGGUGCGGAUGCAGUGGUUGCCUGGGUGGAUCCCCAAACCGGAAAUGGAUUCGCCACCGAUUACUUCCUCGAAGGCAAGGCGCAGUGCUCCGGUGGGCGUGGCGCCUGUCCCGAUACCAAGAUCUCCGAGAAGACAAACUCCAUCCGGCUGCUAAACGCUGCCAUGGUGAAUGGCUAUUCGAUUGUGACCUACCAGAGAUCCCUGGCUGCCACGGAUCGAUUGGAUCUUCCAAUCUCGAUUACGGAUGCGGAAUCUGUGGUCUGGGCAAUUGGACCACUGAAUGACUACCGCGAGGUCUCCUUCCACACCUUCUACAACAAACACUUGCACCAGAUUGAAUUUGGCCGUCAGCCCAAGUGGAAUUGUCCUCUGCCGGAAGGAGCUCGUCCUGGCAGCAACUCCUCCGAACAGGAGGACUCCGCCCCCGCAGCCCAGAGUUCAACGGGAGGAGCAGGCUAUCCCCCAGCAGGAAGACCCAAUGUGGAGCCCGAUGAGGAGUUCUACGAGAACCGGGCGGAGGCACUGCAUCGCCAGCCGCCUCAGAGGCGCCAGGAAACCGCCAUCAUCACCCAACGGCGACCUGUUCCCACUCCGAAGCCAGUGAACAGCAAUGGAGCCUGGGACAUCCCCGCCAUCCAGUGCCACGAGCCGGAAGAUGGAGUCUUCUACGCCCAGAUGGGUCCCACGGGUGGAAAGCAUGGCUAUCCAGCAAUCACAGGUCAUGUUGGCUGGGGAAUUUCCUGGUACAUCAACGGACUCCUGAUCCCCGAGAUCCAUGUGGUGCGCGGCAGGACCUACACCUUCGUAGUGGAGGGUGGUAACAACCCAGACAUCCCAGCCAAGUACCAUCCGUUCUACAUCAGUGAUGAUCCUGUGGGAGGAUACGAACACAAACGCGAAGAGGAGAAGAAGGCCGUUCGCAUCUACGCCGGAGUGCAUCGCUCCCGCUCCGGCCAGGUGACCCCCACCGGCGUGGGCCGCCUGUGCAACUGGACGCCGGACGUGGAGGGUCCUCCGGCGGACGACUACCAGUCCUUCGGCGCCUACCAGCGCACCCUGACCCUCAAGUGCGAUGCCGGUGAGCCGGGCGUGAUCAGUUGGAAGCCGGACAGGAGCACGCCGGACACGGUGUACUACCACUGCUUCACGCACCGCUACCUUGGAUGGAAGAUCCACGUCCACGACGAAUGCGAUUCGGAGGCGAGUGGCGGCGGACUGAAGGGAGCCGCCUCCGAUCGCCACGAGAUCCGACUGCCGGCGGAGGCAGCGGAACCGGCGCCCGUGCACGAGGACUACGCCGGAGAGGCGUCCGUGCGGCACGAAACCAAGGUCAGCGCCAACGAUAAUUUUUUAUUGAAGCACCAAACCGAUUUGAUUAAGAACCACAAUAUGAACGGAACACCGCCCAAACUGAGUUUUGAAAUAACGAAAUCUUCGGAAAUAACCAAACUGAUUUCAGAUGGCAUCCGCGCUGCUGAGGCUCUCGAGGAGAGCCUACUGAGGAACCUACCGAAUCCGAAUCCGAAUCUGAAACCCCAUCCCAACCAGAACCCGAAUCCGCACCAGAAACCGAACGUCAUCCCGAACGAGAUCAGCUCGCGACCCGAGAUUCUGCUGGGCGAGACCCACGCCACCCACAAGCUGAACGCAUCUCCAUCCGCCAUCCCCCCAUCCGCAUCCGCAUCCGCCUCAGCAUCCGCAUCCGCAUCCCCUGGCAAUCAAAAGCUGCCCAUUUAUGCAGCUGGUCCCCACAUCAUCCAUCCCCAUCCCCCGCACUUGCAUCGCCUGCACCACCAUCCGCAGCAUGCCGCGAAUAUUCAUCCGCAUCCGCACUUGCAUCACCACAAUCUAACCGCUAAUCUUCCAGCGCUCGCACAGAAAACCAUUGGACUCUCCGAGUUCCUGCGUCCGCCGCAGAAUGCUCCGCUCUUCCAUCCGGUCAAGCUGCCCGGCCGUCGUCCCUUCCCGGCUCCCAUCAAGAAAGUCCCCGCCUCGCGGCCUGUGCUUCCGCAGCAACAUCCGCACCUGCAUCCGCAACAGCAUCCGGUUCUGUUGCAACAACCUUCCUUGAUUGUGAGUCACUACAGGAAACCGGUUCCGGGAUUGCUGAAACCCUUCAUCAAGGAGAAACCCUUCCCGCUGCAACCGCUGGCUGCCUCCGUUUUGCUCCUCGGGCAACCCACUGAAUUGGGUGGCGUCUUGGGGCCAAUCAGCAAAGGUGAACGACUGAAGGUCAAGGGCAAGCCCAAAAUUCCAGUUCCCUAUAUCGAUUUGGAACCCCAAAGUUCACUGCAAAACACAGCCCUAUUCAAUCAACCUGCGAAGGUGGAACCAAAGCCUGUGGUGACUCCGCCAACCAUCUCCACUUCCAGUUCAACCACAAGUAUUCCCCUCGUGAAACGUCUAAAUGUUAAGGAACCUUCUCUUGAAGAAAUCGCCGCCAUGAGACCUGCUGUGAAUCAAGGCUUUAAACCGGACACCGUGAUCGUGGAGAGCGGUUUUCGACCCAUCAUGAGAACCGACGGCACGGGUGUCCAACUGCCAAAGGAAAUCAUUGACCAAGUGGCUCAUCGAAGAGAGGAUCCUGGCACCGAGAUCGAUGAGGUGAUGGAAACGGAUACUCUAUUUUUGACUGCCCAACAGGGAGGCACUGAAACCCAGAGCUUUGAGCCCAUGUUUAUACCCUCUCCUUUGGACAGUACCAAUGCCUCGAAGAUUCUUAAGGUUAAGAUAAAGGAGGUGAGUCCCACGGCUUCGGCAUUGCGUUUACCCUCAGCAGCUUUGGAGCACUCUCUGCCCUCCGCUUCGGAGUUGAGAAAGCCCACUUUGGAUGAGCUAUUCGGGGAGGAGUUGAACGAAGAGGAGCUGGAACUGGAGCCACUGCCCCAAGGAGAUGAUGAGGAACUGCUGGACGAGACCACCAAGAAAGCAGCUCCAACCACCACAAAGGAGCCACCACCAAGCAGCACCACCAAGCAAACGGAAACGGAACUGUUGGAUGACCUCUUCGGACCCGAUGAGGAGGACGUCUAUGCAGAUGAGCUGGAGCUCGAGAUGGAUGAUCGAGUGGCAGCUGCUGCGGAGCGAAUCGAUACCUACUACUUGCCACCGGAUAACCGAAAGAUUCCCCACGCCAGCUUGCCCAGUGGAGCACUCUACACCUUCGAUGGCAAGUCGGUGGUGGAUAGUAGCUUGGUAUUGCCACCCAAAUUGGAUGCAGUGGAUAAUCUUGGAAUUCAGCAAAGACAUUCCCAGUACGGGUUGACUCCUUUGGAGCAGCUAGUUCGCACCACUCCGCAGUUUGGGAUCUUUAGAGGGGAGUUGCCACAAGAGUUCCGAGGCACAGAACCCCAGCCCGUUUCGGAGUACUCCCACACCCAUUCCAACCCGGCUCCAUUCAGUCGAACGACUCCGGGAUUCACCACAUCGAGUAGCAGUGGCAGCACCAUCUAUCCGUACUCCUCAUCCCCGGGAACAUCCACAUCCAUAUCAUCAUCAUCAUCUUCUUCACCAUCGUCGUUGUCGUUGUCGUCGUCGUCGUCAUCAUCAUCGCCAUUGUCCUCAUCCUCGCUGAGACCCAUUUCCACCAAGUUGCAGCUACUGAAGCCGGAGGGAAGAAGGGCGUAGGAUCUGCAAUAGCGAAAUUAUCAACAAAUCGACAAAACAAAUCAAAACUAGCAUUUAACCGUUUUGGGGUAGCACUACUCUCAUAACCACGUUACAUUUACUCGUAAACCUGUAUUAGCCCGUAGUUUUCUUUUAACAAUUAUGAUGCUCUUAAUUUUAAACGAACGCAUGAAUUUUAUUAGCUAAGCUAAACGAUUCUGUUUAAGCCGCAUUUUAGUCGUUGUGAAAUAAAACCAAGAAUUAAUCUGAA